GAUUACGAGAUUUCUCCGAAUGUAUUUUGAAAUCUCGGCAAUGGGUAUUUGGUGAGUAACAGUUCCAUCGGAAAAUAGGAUUCAAAUGAACACGGUAAUCUUAAUUAUCAUCAGUCUAACUUUUGUCUCGUGAGGCAGCAGUUAUUCGAGCAUAAUGCAAGUCAUUCUCUGUGUGCUGUAUCUCGUCCUGUACCACCAGACAUUUGGGAUGGACGAUCAGCAUCCUCAGAAUAUCGGUCAUGAAUCUGUUCAAGGGAAUAUCUAUGUCAGCAGCUUUUGCAAGCCACGCGAAACUUUAGUUGAAGUUGAGAGUGAGUUCCCUGAGGCGAUGUUCAAACGUGUUCCCUCAUGUGUGCCUCUGCAGCGCUGUGGAGGCUGCUGCUCGGAUGAGGCUUUGAUGUGUGUGAGUGUCAGCACACACACCACUGUGAUGCAGUUGAAGCAGCUUGCCAGGAAUGUGCAUGGGCAUACUGUUGAAGAGAUUAUUGAGCUGCCGUUUGUUGAACACAGCCAGUGUCAGUGCAGGCACAGAAGCCAACUGUGAUGCUUUUUGAAACAGCUCAUCCAUGCAAAAUUGUAAUCUGCUUAUUUAACAGUUAGUUAAAUGAUUUCCUAUUGUUAACAUUAUUAAUAUAUUAAAUUUAAUAAUAAC